AUGGAUAGCUGGGGCUGGUUGGAUCCCCGGGCCGAGGGCGUAACGAAUUACGAUGGCGAUGCUUCAUUACGAGGGCCUCUCAGGGCUACCAACGCCUCCACGUCGGCUUUGAUCAACCAAUUCCGCUUUCAGUCUGCGAAAUCGAUCCGAACCUCGACUAUUAUCCUCGCCGUCUUCAACGUUAUUGCCGCCUUCGCCACCGCCGUUGGAAUCUUUUGGGACAGCUAUGGCUCCGCGAAGAGGAACAACCCCAAGUUCGGCUUCAGAACUCACGGCUUCACCUUCAUCGGACCCGCCGAAUCUUUCCCUCUUAUUCUGUCCGUCGGAAUCGUGGUGCAAGGCAUCGUAUUCGCCGUCGCUCAGUCGACUGGACUCGACCACUUAUUGACCCUUGGCUGCACUAUCACCUCCCAAAUGAUGCUGCCUGCGGUCUUCAUCGUUCCUUACAUUCAACUCGUCUUUGCCCUCGAAGUGGCAAUUCGGUCUCUACGAAAGAACCCCUUGCCUACUCGCGGCAAGUGGAACGUUACGAUCUGCCUAGCCAUUGUCGGCACUUUUCUCCUCAUCACCUACCUCGUCACACUAUUCGUUCGCCCUCCCAACUUCUGCUUCGCCUCUCUCUUCUGGUUUGUCCAGCGAUGGAAGGAGGGCUGCUUUGCUCUCCUCGUCUUGAUCUCGGCGGCGCUGCUUGGCUCUAUGAUGGUCAUCUUCUUCAGACUGCACAACAACGCUAGAAUCGAGAAUACCGAGCGUGUUGCUGCUUCGAGAAUGGUGUACUUUCUUGCCAUCGCCUUCAUCUCGACCACUCUCCUUAUUCCCUUUUUCUUCAACCUCUCAUUCACUGAGCAACGGGGCGCCACUGGCCAAGCCCUGACUCUGUCCAUGAUCGCCUCCGUCGUUGCCAACGUUUCAGGCCUAAUGACUGGCGGUCUGCACCUGUUUUUGCGCUCGAACACACUGUCGACUAUUGGACCCCGCGACAAGUGGGAAUCUGAGCGUGAUAAGCUCAAGGCCGGAAUCCGUGUCUGGGCUCCUAAUGGUGGUGACGACUACGAACAUCACAUGAUGAACCCUGUUGGCCGGGCACGGUCUCUUCAGCGUAUGGACAGCACCGAUAGUUUGGUGCCGGAGAAGGAAGAAGAGGCUCGUAUCGAAAGCCCUUCGAACUCUCCAACCUAUGCCAACCCGCUCCGAUCACACGCUGUAUACCCGCAGCCGACACGAUCUCCGGUUCGGGUGCCCGAGCCUGCCCAGGUCUCGACGUAUCAAACGCCGAAGGCCAUGGGCCACGCUCGCAAGAGGUCCUACUCCUUGUUCCCGCCCGACAACAACAACAGCACUAAGUCUAUUACUUUACUACCGGCCACAACCUACUCUCCCACCAACAUGAACAAUGAUGACGACGUCUUCUUCCUCAGACCGCCGCCAUCAAUCCACCCUCAGGGCAUCCGCCAUCGUCGCGACUCUUCCAUGGCAUCGUCAGCAACGGUGCAGAUCGGCCUUCGCCUGUCGAACGUUGACGACAUGCCUCCUCUCAACUCUCAGUACUUUGAGAACAACGAGAGCGUUCACAACCUGAACUGCCCCAAGGAUGAAGAGGUCUCGAAGCGACCCAGCCCUUUGGCUCAGGUUGACGUUGUCAGCGACAGUGGCUCGUCUUCCGACUCAGACUCUGAGGAGGACGAAACGCUCGUGCAGUCUCCUGUCCGGUCGGAGAAGGACCUUCGCCAGAAGAAACUUCCUGCUGCUCCCAAGGUCACUGUACCAAGACAGUCGCAGUUGAAGCAGGAAGAGGGCGAGCAGCUCACCCUGAGCCCGGCUGUCUACAGACCUGAGAGCCCCCAGAAGACGAGGGUCACGAGCCCUCAGGGUGUUGGCUUCAACACUCCCGCCCAGCGAAAGAAGACCCCAGUGAAGUGCACCAAGCAGCACUGCCAGUGUGACGCUGUCCACGACAAGCGUGACUGGAUCUGA